CGCCGGAAUGCGACGAGCGCAGCGCCGUGGUCCAGGAAAUAACUUGCCUGUACAUGACGACAUAAUACAUCAAAAUCAUUCGCCAGUGCGUUGUUUCUGUCCAGGGUGACUAUUAUUUCCGCUAGCUACUGAUACCGGAUUAUCAAGUAUAACACCACUAUGUUCCUUUUACGGUUGAUUCGGCAAUUUUGCUAGCCAUCGUCCUCUCUUUAUAACCAGCAACGGACACACCAUCUGCGACAUGUCGGAAUCACCGCCGUUGCAGAUGCGGGAAACCCCGGCACGGGAUGGCACCCCGUCGCAGAUGUCCGAGCACGGCGAGAAUCCGGGCCCGGCGCAGUCGACCAGCAGUGAUUCGGCGCACCGGGCCAGUCUGACCUCGUCGGUACUGGAGAUCUACGGGGAAUACGGCCGGCCCAUCAAGAUGACCCGCCAGAUGCUGCUCUCCAAAAUUAGACGCUUCCUGCACCAGCGUGUGUACGGAUUCAGUGUCCCGCUGGGCCGACGCUACACGGCCUUCUUCCCGCUGGUCGCGCAGCUGCAGCAUUACGAGUGGUCGUGGUUAAUGUGGGAUGUCCUGGCUGGGAUCAUCGUCGGCAUGAUACAGUUUACGCAAGUGUUCGGUAACUCGCAGACGGCGCUGAUCCGGCAGUGGCACGGCACGUACAUCCUGCUGUUCCCCGGCCUGAUCUACGCCUUCAUGGCCUCCUCGCCGCACAACUCCGUCGGCGGCAUGAGCAUCGUGGUGGCCACGCUCAGCGUCUCCUUCAUGCAGAUCCAGGACGCCUACUACCCCAACGAGAUGCGCGACGGCCGCAAGAUGACGGCCGCCGAGCAGUUCGACCUCCAUCUCAGCAUGGGACCCGGCAUCGCCCUUGUGGCCGGCUGCUUCCAGGUGGUGCUGGGCAUGUUCAAGCUGGGCUUCCUCUCGGCCAUCCUCUCGCCCAACGUCAUCCAGCCCUUCUCCAUCGCCUGCUUCCUGCAGUCCAUCUGCUCCAAGAUCCUCACCUCCUUCGGCCUGCCGCGGCUCAUCCACUUCGGCUACGCCAAACACUUUAGAGACAUCAUCUACUUCCUGAAGAACCUGGACAACAUCAACGGCUACGCGGUGCUCCUCUCCCUGUCCAUGGCCUCCAUCGUCCUGUGCUUCCGGGAAUUCCUCCAGCCCCGCCUGUACACCGCCUACCGCGUAGUAGUCCCCAUUGAGUUCAUCCUCUUCGUCAUCUACUGCGGCCUGAGCUACUGCUUCGACUUUGAGAAGCGCUACAACAUCUCGGUGGUGGGCAACUACAGCUACGGCUUCCUGCAGCCGGCCGUGCCCGACUUCACCUAUGGCUGGGAUAUGCUCUUCGCCGGCAUCGUCAUGGCUAUCGUCUCCUACACGGUGACGCUGGAGUCGGCCAACGUGCUGGCGCAGAAGAACGGCGACCAGAUCUCGCCCAAUCAGGAGCUGCUUGCGCUGGGGUCCGCCCACAUUUUCGGCUCAUUCUUUACGUGUAUCCCGGUGGCGGCAUCCGUGGGGCGGGGCCAGGUUAAUCAGGCCAUUGGCAGUCAUUCGCAGAUUUCGACGCUGGUGGCCUGUCUUUUUGCUUUCUUCCUCGUGGAGUUUGCCGGACCGGGGAUUGCUUAUCUGCCGACAUGUAUCAUUUCCGUCAACAUGAUCCUCUUCCUGUCCAUGUCCAUGGGCGCCUUCCUGGACGUCCCGCGUCUCUGGCGCAACAACAAAAUGGAUGCCUGCAUCUGGAUGAUCACCUUCAUCGUCUGCAUUAGCACCACAGUGCAAAUGGGACUCUUCAUCGGCAGCGGCCUCUCCAUCAUUAGCCUGUUGGUGCGCAGUCAAAGGCCAAAGGUCAGGGUGAUGGGCAUCUUGCGGAACACCAACUGGGGAUUCGUGGCGCUGAAGCACUACGAAACGGCGCGCGAACUGCCAGGCAUCCGGGUGUUGCAGAUCCAGAGCCCGAUGAGCUACGCCAACUCGGAGUUUUUGGUCAAGCAAGUGACCAAUCUGGCCUGGGAAGAGUAUGCGGCCGCCGCCGAGUUCCCCGUCAUCUCCGAGCCCAAAGAGGAGACACCGCUGCGUCGGCACGCCUCCCUCAACUUCCUCACCGGGCGGCAGAACCCAGCGAUUCGCGCACUGGUCGCCUCCAAUAUCCUGGGCAGUCUGGACAGCGCCGUGGGGACCUCGGCGUCCCUGCUGCGGCAGCGCGCGGCAGAGAAAAGCGGCCUGAGCGCCUCGAUGAGUGACCUUUCCCAAAGAUCAGCGUCAGACGGGACGAAUCUGUCGGAGGAGACAGAGAUGUCGACGGCCACGCGGAUCAUCCUGGAUCUGGGCGGUGUCGGGUAUAUCGACUCGGUGGGCAUUCGGGCGCUGGAGCAGAUUGCCAGCGAUCUCAAGCGUCUGGGUAUCGAGACGAUCCUGGCGCAAUGUACCGGACAGAUCCUAAAGCAGCUGAAGCGGCUGGAGAUCCACAAGAUCAUCCCGGAGGCCAACAUCUUCCCCAGCGUGGUGGACGCCGUGGAGGAGGCCAUCCGGCGUAUCCGCAGCCAUAAGGAGCCCAGCGGCGAGGGCGAGGUGGUCGGCGAGUACGAGGACGACCGCUUCUGGGACGUCCCGGUCGUCCCGGUGGAAGGUCUGCCCGUGGUCGACCUCGAUAAGGUCAGGUUCACUGACGACUGACCCGAACAGUGAACUAACUUACACGACGCGCAUCCGCCAAACGAACGCGGAUAAAAUGGUUUUAAAAUCAGUGCUGUCUGAAAGUGCUUGCCAUAUAAGCUGGCAGUUUAUUCUGUUACUGCAUGCGCCCUGUAUCGUUAUCAGAAUAA